ACUGAAUGAAGGGAGGAAGAAGAAAAAUAGAUAGCAAAUGAACCAAAUUGUUUAAUGUUACUCACGAAGUUAUAACGCAGAUGCGAAUGUCCAUUCUUUGGCUCGCAUUUGCCAAAGUGACUUUAAAGAUGAUGGUGAAAUAUGUGUUGUGACAGAGUCGUGUGUCUUAAAGAGGAAGGAACGUUACUCAUCAAGGAAGUCGUCCAGCUGGCCACCUAAAAAAAAAGUAGCUAGCUAGGUUGCUAUCCGAUGUUAGCAAAGGGAGUUCUUUGUUUUCUUUUGCAGGUCGACGUCCGUGUAACCAUGAAGCGAAAUUAAUGUAAACGGUGCUGUUAGCCUUUAGCCUUUCUACAGGAGUUUAAUAAUCAUGUCGGGGAUGAAUUUGACGGUACAUAUUUAAAUCGGGUAUUUAUCAGUUCUGGGACAUUGGAAAUAACAAACUGACAUUAGCCACUGAGAGCAACUUUAGCAGGACAGGGGCUGUUUUUUUUUAACGUCGACCAGAAAAGGACAGGAGACGCCAAGAUAUGGGCAACUGUCUUAAAUCUCCCACAUCAGACGACAUCUCUCUUCUUCAUGAAUCCCAGUCAGACAGGGCGAGUUUCGGUGACGGGACAGACCCAGACCUGGAGCCUCCUCCGCCGUACCAGGAACAGGCUCACAUGCCCAUGUACCACCCUACACCCAGUCAGGCCCGUCUGGCCACCCAGUUGACAGAGGAGGAGCAGAUCCGCAUAGCUCAGCGCAUUGGCCUCAUCCAGCACCUCCCUAAGGGUGUUUAUGAUGGAGGGCAGGACGGCUCCGAGAAGAAGAUAAGAGAAUGCGUGAUCUGUAUGCUGGACUUUGUUUAUGGGGACCCAAUUCGGUUCUUGCCCUGUAUGCACAUCUACCACAUGGACUGUAUAGAUGACUGGCUGAUGAGAUCCUUUACCUGCCCCUCCUGCAUGGAGCCUGUGGACGCUGCCCUGCUCUCCACCUAUGAGACCAACUAACUUUUCAUUCCAACUCCACCAAUGCAUAUAUUUAAUAGCUCCUCCCACACCAGAAUACAAUGCCUCCCCUCUUGUUGAAUCAGAGGAGCCGAUAAGUGUGUAGGUUAUCGUCUUUGCACUUUGAAAAUGUUCAAGUUCACUCACCCAGUGUUGGCCUUUGACUCGCCCCGGUCAGAUUGAAAUUAAGCUGGUCUUAAAACAUCACUUAACAUUAGCCAGUAAGAAUAUGCUCCCCUAUAACCCAGCAUGAUUGUGUUUCUGUGUGUCUGUACUGCUGAGGCAGUGGACAGUGUUACAACAAAAGGCGAGCACAAUGGAUUUGCGUGUGUGUGCGCGCAUGUGUGUGUGUGAGAGAGAGCUGUUAGGUGAUUGAGCGUUCCACAUGAGCUGGUUUCAGUGGCAUUUCUCCACACCUGACCCCAGUUUACCAUAAUUCCAGUUGGUCAUGAAAAAGGAUUUAAAUGGAUAUUUAGUUUAACAAAUUAUUUACCCACGUGCUGGUUUGAGUUUGUGUUUUGUCGCAGUAAUUACAGCAAUGUAAACGUACUGACCUUUUAAAAUAUGCUCCAUCUUAAAACAGGACUUAUGCUUUGUUGGACACUAGAAUACAAGGCUAAUAUUUACAGUUUGAAGUUAAGGAAGCUGAGCUGUGUUGCUCUGCUGGCAGCCAAGAUUUCAAAAUGUAUGCACACAUGCUACUUUAAUCACCCAGUGUAGAAGUAUAGAGUGUUCUAUAUCACUGAUGUCAGAAAAUAUCGUUGGUCAGUCCUUUUUGAAUUGAAGGGAAAACUAAAUAUGUGU